UCCCUAAUUCCUUUCUCUCCUCUCCCCCUUUCUGCUGAUGAUUCCCCAACUUCUUUCUUCGAUUUUUCCCCAAAUUAAAACCUUCAAACCCUAACUCCCCUUCCAUCGUGACAGGAUGGCACUGGAAAUUUUAAGGAAUGAGCCGGCCAAUGAGAAGUCACUUUAAUUGUGAAAUAGAAUGUUUUUACUCUUUGAUGUAUCUAUUAUGUUUCUUACAAAUAGACUGGUUUGGCUGCAGAUGUGAUGUGUACAGUUUCAGCGUGAUAUUAUGGGAAUUGGCUACUCUAUGCAUUCCCUGGAAAGGUUUGAAUCCAAUGCAAGUUGUCGGAGCUGUUGAAUUCCAAAAUAAGCAUCUAGAAAUCCCCGAAGACAUUGAUCCGAUGGUUGCACAGAUCAUACGAGAUUGUUGGCAAACGGAGCCACACCUACGACCAUCAUUUGCACAGCUAAUGUUCCGCCUACGACGACUUCAACAUCUGCACAUCGAAAGGCAAAACGGGACAAAUCAGGUUAUCGAACGAUAAGGUACACUGCAGUGUUUGAUGUGUAAUAAGUGCUCGAUCAGCUGUUUUCCUCGGUCGAAGAUCGAGGCAGCCGGAUUUUUUUUUUCUGUUGUUUAAAGUGCAAAGAAAGUUAAGAGUCGGGAGUCGGGGAAAGUGUUGGCUCAUUCGAAGUGGGGGAUCAGCACAUUUACCCAAUCCUAAAGAUAGAAGAGUGGAUCCAAUCCUCUUUAAAGUAAAGCAAAAUGGAGGAUACAACUCGAAAAUACGUGUUUUAGUAUCAUGAAUAGGUAGAGAGCCUUUGUCAAGUGUAAGAAAGUUACCAAAAAGGAUAAAAAGAAAGAA